AUGAGCGAUUUAAUUUCACAAGUUGAUAGUCAUCUUUCACAUGAUUCUCCAGAUGUGUGUGUAUUAUCAAUUGUUCCAAUACUUUCCUGUACAUUGGCUGAUUCAACUGAAACAACAUCAGAAACUACUGAUAGUAUUCCAAAAACAAUGCGAAAUAAAUUUUAUGUAAAUAUAAAAACUUAUGAAUCAAAGUGGUCGGGUCAAUGUAUAUUAUGUAAUAAAAUUCAAUAUGAUAGUAAAGGUGUAACAUCCAACUUCAAUCGACAUGUAAAAACCCAACAUAAACAAGAGUAUCGAGAAUGGUUUGCUCAGUUAAAUCAAUCUAUUAACAAAGACCAGAAAAAAAUAUCUGACGUAUUUAUUAAAGAUAAUGAAACAAGAACAUCACCAUUCUCAAAAUCUUAUUAUAAUAAUAAUCAUCCACGACAAACUCAAUUAUCUAAAUCUAUUGUAGAAAAUCUUAUCAUUGAUCUUGGUUUACCACUAUCAAUAGUUGAACGUCCCGCAUUUAUCAAAUUCAUGAAUACAAUAGAUCCAAAGUUUACUAUGACUUGUGACUUGACUUGA